AUGUACCUCUGGUCAGUGGCUGAAAAGCUAAUUUUAAAGACUGGCACGGAAAACUCCAGCACCAUGAAGGAAUUAAUCCUCCUGGGCCUCUCAGAGAACCAAGGGAUGCAAAAAAUGUAUUUUGUGGUGUUCCUGCUUUUCUACACACUCACGGUGGCAGGAAAUCUCACAGUUGUCACUGUGACGAGCAGCCGGCGCCUGAACUCCCCCAUGUACUUCUUCCCCUGCCACCUUUCCUUUGUAAGUUAUUGUUACUCCUCUGUCACAGCUCCCCAAAUGAUUUCUGGCUUCCUGGUGGAAAAUAACACCAUCUCCUUUGCAGGUUGCAUAGGGCAGCUCUUUGGGGCUUCAUUUUUUGGCUGCACAGAGGUUUUCAUCCUGACAGGCAUGGCCUACAACCGUUGCAUGGCCGUCUGCCAGCCCCUGUGCUACCCUGCGCUCACGUCCACAGUCUGCGGCUGCAUGGUGGGGAUCCUCUGGGUGGGGGUCUUCCUGCAUUCCACCCUCGAGACCUUUCCCACCUCCCUGCUCCCUUUAUAUGGCCCCAAUAAAGUCAUCCACUAUUUCUGUGAUGUCGACCCCCUGCUCCCCCUGGCCCACACCAACACACACGCCAAGGGCCUGGCCGCAGUGGCCAACAGCGGGGUGAUAUCCCUGAGCUGCCUCCUCGUCCUGGUCAUGUCCUACAUGGGCAUCCUGGCUUCCCUGAGGUCCAACAUCACUGUGGUAAUCCUGUGCCUUGGGCCCAGCACGUUUGUUUACAUUUGCCCAUCCGGUGGCUUGUCUGAGGACAGGAGUGUGGCCGCGUUCUAAAUGCUCAUCACACCCAUGUUCAACCUCCUCAUCACACCCAUGUUCAACCUCCUCAUCUACACCCUCUGGGAUGGGGAGGUGAAGGGACCCAUGAGGAAAUUAUGCAGGAGGAAAUUAGGAAGUGAAAAUGGGAAGGGGUAG